UUGCAGUGUAGGAAAAUCUGUAAAACUCUGCUAGAGGCAGACUCAGGUGUGAAAAUGAUGAAUGUGGGGUUUGUUUUGUUGCUGUUUAGCUCUGCCUGUGGUGUGCUAAUGGAAGAUGCUGAACUGGAGUGGGAGAGAAAGACAAAUGAAGAAGGUUCCUCACCUGCAUUCAAAAUGUUGGGAGCAUCGGUUGAGGGAGCUACAGAAGACAAAUCAAAGAAGCUUCCUGAAUAUCUCACUGUUCCUAUUGCCAAUGAUCAUAAAGAGGAUCUAAAGCCAGAAAUGGGUGCUAGACAAAUCCCCAAAUGGCUUCAUAAAGUUCUGCAGGGUGUCCCUGCCACUGUGUCUCGUGCUGAAGGAGCAACACAAAAAUCAGAUUUGAUUGGAGUUCUGUGUUAUCUUGACAGAAUAUAUGUAAGAAUCAAAAAGAACGUUUUUAAGUCUGAAGAUGCACACAUGUAUUUGGCACUAGGUAGUUGCCCUUUCAACCAGRUUAAUGAAGACUACUACUACUUUCUGUACCAUUUGAAAAGCAACUGUGGAUUCAAAACAGAGAGUUUUCCAGAUUAUCUGUCCAUCAGCAUUCCACUCCACUACAAUCCAACUGGUCCAGUUUUAAGAGAAAUGCCAUUCGACAUUCCUCUGCAGUGCAAAUACCACAGGUUGUUUUACUCGUAUAAAGUUGGCUUUCAUCCCAAACUACAAGGAAGGACCGUUUACAAAAAGCUUCAGUCAAACAGUACUUUUACCAUUUCGCCUCAAGAUGCAUUUGGGAAAUUAAUCACCAGCAAAAAAAUCUACAACUUGGGGGAUGCACUGCACUUUGAGGCUAAUGGACAUGACAACACCGGAGAAAAGAGGAUUUACAUCAAUAAGUGCUUUGCGACUGCCUCUCAAGACCCGUACUCACAUCCUCGAUACACGGUCAUUGAUAAUAAAGGCUGUAUGGUUGAUGGUAAGGUCACGACACAGUCAAAGUUCCUCACUGGUGACUCAAAGAUGAUCCAGAAAUUCAGUGUGGGAGCCUUUAUUUUCAAAGGUCUUUCCUCCACCUCUCCACAGCAAUUCUACAUGCACUGUGAGAUGUUUUUAGGACCAUCUACUCCAACCCCGAGUUCAAAGGCGUGCAAUUACGAUCAGGCUACACAGAAGUGGAAGGAGCUCUACGGUAAAGACUCGGUGUGUGACUGUUGUGAGUCAACAUGCCAGUCAGCAGAACCAGAGGCAGAGUYUGAGAAUGCCGUCUCUGUUCACCUUUGGAACGGUGACUCUGAAGAUAAAUUUGAGGAAGCUGACCACCUGAUAAAACCUGCUGAUACUAAUCCAGUGAACUGAAAAGAGCGUGCAGACGUUUGUGACUGAGCAAGACUAAAAAUAUAAUAUGUUUUAUUUUAAAUAAAUGUUGGGGACGCACUCAUUGCACGAG